AUGACCUGUCAAACCACACACCCCGCCUGCUCCCUCGCCGCCGGCUCCAUCUUCACCGUCGAAGAAGACGCCGACGCCGACGCCGACGCCGACACCAACGACGACGACGACGACGACGCCUCCGAGGCCGCUAGCCGCAAACCCUCCCUCUCCCACCAGAGCCUGAGCCGCCACCGCCCCUGCUCCUGCGCGCUCUCCGACGCCCCCUCGGCCCCUUCCCUGACCACAUACCCCUCGUACUCGUCGACCGCGAGCUCCGCCGCCGCUAGUCAGAGAGCUCGGCGCAUCAUGUCGCAACCCAAGCCCGAGAAACGCGGCCUUGGGAGGGCCAUUGCCGACUACAUCAAGCCCCCGAGGGAUUAA